ACAGGAAGCAGUUGUCACAGCUCGCCUGUCAAAAUCAAUUUACCAGCGUUUAAACUCAGUCAUUUGAAAAGUAACAUCCAGUUGUAGAUCAUGGCUCAUCGAUUUUCCAAAGAAGAAUUAGAUGAGCAGUUUGAAGAGUUUCUGAAAGAGUCUCUUUCAGAUGAUUCACUUGGAAAUUCAAAGAAAAAACCCAGCGUUCUUGAGACAUUGGGACAGCCCAGGAAAAAAGAAACAAAGAAAAAGGAUUCAGUGCCAUGGUGGAUGUCUGAGGAAGAUCUGGAUGAUGGUGGAAUGCUUGAAGCCAGUGGAAGGUUUGUCAAGACGCAGGAUGCUGCGCAGCUCACGGGGGAAGCAGAUGAGAGUGUGCAUGUGGAAAAGAUGCAGCUAGAGACAAGUGAUGGGCUUAAUGUCUCCUUAAGUAUAGACAGCCUGGAGAAAAAUGAUUCAAUUUUAGCUUCUGGGCCUAAUCAAAGUAUCAUGGGACUUGGAUUGGAUACCUUGGAAGAACAAGAAGAAAAGAAGGACUUCUUUGCCAAACUUGAACAAGAAGCUUCCUCUACUAUUGAUUAUUCAAGAUUAAAUAAAGAGCUGGAUUCCAAUGAUUCUGCAUUACUAGCACCAUUUGUACGAAAUGAAAAAAAUGAAAAAGAAGAAGAAGCUGCCCAUGAAGCAAAAUCUGGCAGCUACAGUGAAGAUUUUGAAGAAGCAGAUGCUAAUCCUGCCUCUAAAACUGAAGGAAGUCAGGAGAAUCAAAACAUGUCAGGAGUUGACUUAGGUCCUCAAGAACAGGAAGAAGCUAAUACUGGCAUGCUGGCUAAAGUGGUAUUACUUGAUUCACAAGAGUCAACUAGAGAACUUCAAAAGGCUGUUGAAACAUCAGAUGUAGCUCCAGGACAGCAAUACCUGCCUGAAGAAGUCACUGGAAUUGAAAUGAAUGAAGCAGGUGCUUCCUAUGGACAAACCAGCAGUGAGAUGGAAGCAUUACACCAAGCUUACCAUCAUAUUGAGCAGUCUUUGGGAGACACUGAUGAGCAGAAACUGCCCAGUUCUGCAGCAGCACUCUCAGGGAGCCUCCUGCAAGGGGUUCCACAAAAUAAUGACAUCUGUUCAAAAAACAUGUCAACCAUUGAAUCAGACUUACCUACUGUGGAAGAAUUCAUGAAACCAAUUAAAGGACAUGCAUCUGAUAUCAGAAGUUUUGAUGUGGAGCCUGGAAGUCCUGAGAAACUGGUGGACAGCACUGCUACUGACCUUGUCAGCUACUUGCCCCUUGAAGAGGGCCAGAGGAGUACAGUCUGGGAGACAGACUUGCUUGAAAACUUGAACAGAGAAAAGAGCAUCUUUCAGACAGCUAUGAAUGAUGAUAACUUACAGAGAAUAAUUGAGAAAGAAAUUCAGACCAGUCAAGUACAACCUGACAUACUAAGAGAAGAAAUAGUACAAGACUCUCAGCCUUCAGAAGGCAGCAAGACUGAACGAGUUUUUCACUCUUGUUCCUUGAAAAAUGGAAGAUCAGAAUCAAUGACCACUAAACCAGUGUUACACAAGAAUAUCAGAAGCCCAGCAUCUUUGCAUAAAAAGAAAUCUUUAUAUAGUCCUUAUGGGGCAGUUAAAAGUUCUGGAUAUGGGAAACCCACUUCACUCACAAAACAGUCUUUUCCAGCUAGUGAAAAGAAAACACAAAAAGAAACUUUCAAAAAGACCCCUGUGAAAGCCAGAAGUCCUGCAGACAGAGCAAGACCUAAAGAAGCCUUAUUUGCUACUAGGAUAACAAGAUCUGCAACAAAUGGACCAACUUUGAAGGCAAAUACUAACAGAGUUAUGUCUGGCCAAUCAGUUGUUAACAAUCUGGGAUACCAGGCUGUGGAUUAUUGCAGGCAGUAUCAGCAUGAUUUAUCGUUUUCUCCUAUCAAAAGUUGUGACAGAGAACUAUAUUUGCUAAAACGACUGCAGGUUGCAGAGGAAGAUCUGAGUGCAGCUCGUGAUUUGGUCCAACAGCUGAGCAGCAGAGUUUCAGAAACAGAGAAAGAAAUGGAGACAAAGAUAGUAGAACUGAAAAAACAGCAUGAAAAAGAGCUUUCUCGGUUGGGUCAGGAAAGCUAUGUUCUUCAGAGUAAGUUAAGAAGUAUGGAAGAGCUGACUAAAGAAAAGCAAUGGACCCAUCAUACAGAAGCAAUUCCUGUAACUGAAGAAAAACUGGCACAGAUACAAAAAGAAAUUGAAGAUCAAGAGGUCAUCAUUCAAGGUUAUCAACAGGAAAAUGAGAGGUUAUACAAACAAACAAAAGAGCUACAGAUCCAAAACAAAAAAAAUGAGGAACGUAUGUUUAAGGAGAAUCAGUGUUUAGUGUCUGAAUUAAAAGCCAUAAGGGAAAAGAUAGAGAAGACUAACAGCACCCAGUUGCAGAUUGUGCAGGAUUCUGAGCAAGCCAGAAAUCAGAGUUUCACAGAGUUGAUCUCAGAGCUUCGAGCAGCACAGAAGAAAGAAACUAAACUAGAAGAAGAGAUAAAGCGUCUCAAGCAAGAUAAGCAAGCUCUGGAGGUAGACUUGGGACAAGCAAAGAAGGAGAGAGAUUUAGCAAAAGUCCAGGUUGCAGUCACAUCAGGUGAGAAGUCUUAUGAAUUUAAAGUUAAGGAAGAAUCAUACAAACAGGAAAUAAGUCAUUUAAAAAGAAGACUUCAGUGGUAUGCAGAAAAUCAAGAUCUUCUGGAUAAAGAUGCAGCUCGUCUUAAAGAUGCAAGGGAAGAAAUUGAGAAACUAAAACUAGAGGUAGAGAAGCUGAGAGCUGAAGCUGGAGAUCAGUGUCUGCAGCAGAAGAAACGUUUGCGAGACAGAGCAGCAGAUGCUAAAAGAAUUCAGGAUCUCGAGCGACAAGUUAGAGAAAUGGAAGGAAUUCUAAAAAGAAGGUAUCCAAAUUCUUUGCCUGCUUUGAUUUAUGCUGCUGCUGCUGCUGAGAAGACUGAUGAUCUUUCAGCUAAAACAAACACAGUUGAUUUUUUGGAGAAAAGAAUAAAGAAGUUAGAAACAGAACUUGAAGGUAAAGAUGAUGAAGCUAAAAAAAGUCUCCGUGCCAUGGAACAACAGUUUCAAAAAAUAAAGAUACAGUAUGAGCAAAGACUUGCAGAGCUUGAACAGCUGCUUGCCUACAAAUUCAUGAGUGAGCCACCAAAACUGAAUGGUGAUAAAGCCAGUUCUACAGAACUUGAACAGGAGCUUCAGAAUCUAAAGAAGACCCAUCAGAUCACUGUUAAAAACCUCCAGACAGAAAUUGAAAACCUUAAAAGUCAAAAUUCCCAAUUAAAGCUCAGAAGUAAAAAGGAUAAUAAAGACUUAGAGUCUACAGACUCUCAAAUGAAACAAGGUAACACAAAAGACAGGCUGUUAAAGCUAAAUGAGGAACUGGUCACCAAAAAUAGGGAAAUACAAGACCUCACAAAAACUGUAGAGAAACUUCAAAAAGAAAGGAUGGUGAUGUUGUCUGAUGAUAAUUUGAGAAAUAGAGCUGAUAAUAAGGAGAACUCCACAGCAAUCUUCAAAAAGAACAACUCAUCAACAGAUGAAAGGAAGUCCAGCACCAGUGAGCCCUUUCAAAGCAUUUACAAUGAUGACAAAAUACACCAACCACGUGCCUUUGCUGAUUCCAGUCUCUCAGAAGUGCUGCAAGAAAAUGCACAGCUGAAAGAGGAGCUGGAAAGAUUGUCUCUGGAAAUGAACCAGCAGAGGGUGAAGUCCCAAGCAACACUGGCUUAUUCUGAAAGUAACAUACGCAGGAUACAGGAAGACACAGAAGAAUACAUUGCAUCUCUGAAGGCUUCCCACCAGAGGGAGGUGGAGAAAAUUCUUUGCCAGUAUGCAAAGGAGCAUUCUACCUCUAAAGUAGCUGAACUAAACAGCAGAAUUUCAACACAAGAGAUAUUAAUAAAACAUCUCCAAGAACAAAUCAGUGAGCAACAGACACAUCAGGAAGCCCUGCUACUUUCACAAAUGAGAGAGGAACUCCUGCAAAAGGAGGUGUCAAAAUUGUUGGAAGAACUGAGAGAGGCUAAGGAGAGUCAGAGCCCUGAAAUGAAACAUUUCUUGUGCCUGGAAAAGAAAAUCAAGCAUAUGGAGACCAGACAUGCAGAAAGAGAGCAAGAAAUUCAAAAGGCAGCCCAACGGGCACAGCAUGUGAGUGAGGCAAGACACAGCCAGGAGGUGGAGAAGUGGCGAAGACUGGCCCAAAGGAAGAAUCAGGAACUGGAGAGAUUCCGCGUGGAACUGGAUUCAAUAUUGGACGUUUUACGUGAACUGCAGAAACAAGGGGUGGUUAUUCCUGCACCUAAUUCCAAUGGAUUUGGCGUGACAGACAGCUGUUGGAAGACAUGA